UCUUCUCUCCCCCUCUCUGUCUGAUGGCAGAGCCCAAGGAUGAUCCAGACGCGGCCUAUUUCAUGGACAAGAUAGCAAACCAUCUUGGGAACAGCGGCUUGGAAGAGAACCUCAACGAUUUCCUAGAACAGCACGCCGAGGAACUGGUGCUCGAACUCCGCCGAAGGGACUCUUCGCGGUCGACCGUACAACACGAAUGGCUGGAGCAGAAGGCCAAGCGAGAGGAGCCGGGGGGGGAGAAGCAGGAGGAGGCCAGCACGGCGAGGGGAGAGGGUGCGGAGGGGUACCAAGAUGGCGACCGCCACUUCAGCCUACGGGUCCACGAGCUGUACCAGAAGUUCCUGAAGAUCUUGCAGUCGAAUCUCGAAGGUGACUUACGGCGUGUCACGCGUGCCCCGCGCCGGCCGUUGGCAGUUUUUAUCGCGCUCGUUUCGGACUUCGCGGACGAAGGGAUGGGGGCGGAGGACGAAGAGGAAGAGGAGGACGGGGAGGACGAUUUUGAUGGCGACGGGGCGUCGAUGGAUACCGCUCGGUCGUUCACUUACGGUUCCCGUCUUGACGAUGGAGCUGGAAGCUUCGAGGACAUGAGUGGUAGUCUUCAAGUAUUAGGGGAGCGCCGUCUCCUCCGAAGCCAUAACCGCCGGUGUCCUCGUAGCGACAGGAGCAGUAGCAGCAGUGGAAACAGCAGCGGCCGUAUUCGAAGAUCGCCCUCUCCUCCCGCGGCAGGUGCUGCUCCAGACGACAUGCUUGCCGGGCACGGAGCGGCAGUCGUCGCCUGUAGUAGGAAUCUAAGUCAUGGUGCGCAAGACGGGGCUGCUGGCGUGCGGACGGAGCAGCGGAUGUCGGGUGGGAGUGGUCGUGCGGAUGAUGGUGAUAUACCCGGUGGUUUCGGCAGCAAGGGUAGAAUACACAGCGACAGCAGCAGGGGUAGCAAAGAGGCCGUUAGCUGUUGCGACGAUGCAUACCGUGGCGGCGAUGGCGCCGAGUCGCAAAGAGCAGGAGGUUCCGCAAGGAUAGAAGAGGGAGUAGGCUCGGGUAUACAGGAGCUGUCUAUGAGGGCGGAAGCCAAGUGUUGAUAUCGUUGUCGUUCGGAAAACG